AGUAAGGAAAGUCAGACAUUAUAGAGACAGAGGGACAAGGCACUGUUACCUUCACAGACUCCCACUCUUAACCCACCACAGAUACCCAGGGAGCUUGAGAUUUGACAUCCGCAUUUUGGUCAACGUCAAUUCAUUUAUUUAAAUGUUUCAGUUCAUGACUUGUGGCAGAAAAGAUGGCUCCUAUAGCGUGUUGUGACCACUGAUGUUUGUUUCUGCAGAAGAGUUUACUCCAUGCUUCUUCAGGUCGUUGUUUUUCGCUGUUUUUGUUAAACUUUCAGGAGACUUUACAGUUUAUUACUGUGUGACUUUUUAAUCUCCCAGCUGUGUCUUCUACUGGAAUACCAUCGCUCCUUCUUUGGACUGUCUCGACCUGCCUUCACCAAUGUUGACCGACCCGUGUGGAGCCAUGUCGAUGGGGUCAGAUAUUCGAGAUCUGACCCUCUUACCUCCAGCACCUCCUGUGCCAUCCUUACCAGGCGCCGGUGGUGGCUGUGGGAUGUCUGUUGGUGGUGGCCAGUGGACCCAACUGCUGGACCUCCACCCUGGCUCUCCCUACAGCUCCCUGCCCUCCCACCACUCCCUCAUCAAGCAGGAACCGAGUUGGGGGACCACUGAUCCAAUAGAGGACCCUCACUGUGGACUCGGCGCUUUCACAGUGCACUUCUCAGGCCAGUUUACAGGCUCGGGCCCCUGUCGAGUUGGUGCCUUCGGAGAGCCAACUGCAGGUCAACCGAGGAUGUUUCCUAAUGGAACCUACCUGCCCAGCUGUAUGGACAGUCCUCCUGCAGCCAGGAACCAGGGUUAUGGAGCAGUGGGCUUAGACAGCAACCCCAGUUAUGGUCACACUCCCUCUCAUCACACCCCUCAGCUCUCCAGCCUGUCCUUCAAACACGAGGACACUCUGUCACCGCCAAACAACAUAGUUGACCAGCAGUACCCAGCUCCUACUCCCAUGUUUGGUUGCCACAAUCCUUCAGAAUCCUGUCCGAGCAGCCAAGCUCUGCUGCUGAGAAACUACAACAGUGAUAACUUGUACCAAAUGGCAUCUCAGCUGGACUGUGUAACCUGGAACCAAAUGAACAACCUUGCAUCUUCCAUGAAGAGUGGCCAUGUGCCCAGCUAUGAAAGUGACCCCAUUGUCCCGCCUCCACCCGUGCUCAUGAGUGCCCAGUAUCACAUACACACACAUGGUGUCUUCAGAGGACUUCAGGAUGUUCGACGCGUAGCUGGUAUUACUCCACCAGCUGUGAAGUCAUCAGAUGGCAACGAAAAGCGUCCAUUUGUAUGUGCUUAUCCUGGCUGCAGCAAGAGAUACUUCAAACUGUCACAUCUGCAGCUGCACGGCCGCAAACACACAGGAGAGAAGCCUUACCUGUGUGACUUCACAGACUGCGGCCGCGGAUUCUCUCGCUCAGACCAGUUAAAGAGGCACCAGCGCAGACACACAGGAGUGAAGCCCUUUCAGUGUGAGACGUGUCAGAGAAAGUUUUCACGGUCAGAUCAUCUUAAGACGCACAAUCGGACUCAUACAGGUAAAACAAGUGAGAAGCCCUUUACCUGCCGCUGGUCCAACUGUCAGAAGAAGUUUGCCCGCUCUGACGAGCUGGUGCGCCACCACAGCAUGCACCAGAGGAACCUGACCAAGCUGCAGCCAGCCAUCUGAGCAGCGAGACGAGGAGGACGAGGACGAAGAGGAAGGUGACAAUAUGUUGUGCCAGCUAGUGGAGGAAGCCGCUGGAGCCUGGUCAGCAGUUAUGGUGCAUUGCCAGACUCGCUGAUUUGGUAAACACAGCUGAUGCCAUUCUCUGCCCGCCGACGUAAAGAGACUCUGAUGAUCCUCAAGAACUUCAAAAUGCACCUCAACUAGCACUCGUUUUGGUUAUUUGACAUACAAACUCAGACUGAGUACAAUACCACAGUAGACCUGAGCCAAGAAGAAGAUUUUUUUAAGUGAGAUGAGGAAGAUGUAGAUACACUAUUUUGGAUAUUUUAGUACACUUGCACUUGCACUGGCUUCUUUUUUUAUUUUGUUAAAAUUUUGUCACCUUGAAAAUGUGCUGGACAAUGUAAACUGGAUUUAAGAAAUGGACAACGUGUCUUUAUUUUGUCCAUUAAUUUGAGAUUUCUUGCUCUGGAGAAUGUGAACAUCGUUAUAUUCUUACAGUUUAUACUCUCACUAAGUUGCCUUGUAUAUAUGUUGUGUAUUUGCUUAUCUUUACAGACAUUCCUUUUGUAUUUUCUAUGUUUUUAAGUUUAUAAAAUGUUGAUUCACA